CUCAAGUCACCAUGAAGUCUUUUACUGUCGAGCAAGUAGCUCAGCACAGCACUGCCAACGAUUGUUGGGUUAUUAUUGAGAAUAAAGUAUUUGAUAUAACCAAAUUCUUGAACGAACAUCCUGGUGGAAAGAAAAUCUUAUUGAAGAAAGCUGGUAAAGAUGCAUCCAAAGAAUUCAAGACAUUCCACAAUGCCUCUAUCAUGCAGAACAUAGGUCUUCCUAUGCAAAUUGGUGUCAUUGGUACCGAGAAAAAAGAAACAAAACCUGAGUCAACAGUAGCGAUGGUUGCUCCUCAAAUUGGCUAUGCCAAAUUUGGCGAAGGUAUUCCUUAUGGCGAUCCUUCUUGGUAUCAAGAAUGGAACAGUCCUUAUUAUAAUGAGUCUCAUAUCAGAGUUCGUCAAAUCGUGCGUGAAUGGGUUGACAAAGAAAUCAUGCCCUUUUGUCAUGAAUGGAGCGAGAAAAAGGAAAUUCCUCGAUCUGUCAUCAAGAGUGCUGCUAAAUUGGGUUUGUUGGCAGGUUUUUCAGGUGCAGGCACAAAUCCCAAGAUGGCUGACUUAUUACCUUACGGGUUACCUGGUGGUGUAACCUCUGCUGAAUUUGACAUUUUUCAUGAAUUUGUCUGUAUUGAUGAAUUAGCUCGAUGUGGCUCUGGCGGUCUGAUCUGGGCUAUUGAAGGUGGUCUUUCCAUUGGCCUUCCUCCUAUUAUGAAUUUCGCUAGAGAAGAGAUCAAACGUCGUGUAGUGACCGAGUGUCUUGCGGGUGAUAAAGUCAUUGCUUUGGCCAUUACUGAACCUGAUGCUGGUUCUGAUGUAGCCAAUCUUACUACCACGGCUAAAGACAUGGGCGAUUAUUUCUUGGUCAAUGGUAACAAGAAAUUCAUUACUCAAGGCUUCUUUGCCGAUUACUAUACAGUCGCUUGUCGUACGGGAGGCGAAGGCAUGGCAGGUAUCUCUCUUUUGUUGAUUGAACGCAACUUUGAAGGUGUCAAUGCACGUCAAAUGGACUGCCAAGGCAUGUGGGGAUCAGGCACUGCUUACAUUACUUUUGAAGAUGUCAAAGUGCCCAAGACUCAUUUAAUUGGUCAAUUGAACCAAGGCUUCAAGUACAUCAUGCACAACUUUAACCACGAACGAUUAGGCAUUGUGAUGCAAGCCAAUCGUCUUUCCCGUGUGUGUAUUGAAGAAGCACUCAAGUAUGCCUUGAAGCGCAAGACGUUCGGUCAACGCCUUGUCGAUCAUGCUGUAAUUCGAAACAAGUUUGGCCACAUGAUUCGUCAAUGUGAGGCAACACAUGCAUGGCUUGAAAACAUCUUGUUUCAAUACAAGACACUUCCUGCCGAGACGCAAGCUACUGUGUUGGCAGGCCCAAUUGCACUUUUAAAGGCUCAAAGCACGCAGACAUUUGAGUACUGUGCUCGUGAAGCUGCUCAAAUCUUUGGUGGUCUAGCUUAUUCUCGUGGCGGACAAGGCGAAAAAAUAGAACGCCUUUAUAGAGAAGUCCGUGCUUAUGCUAUUCCCGGUGGUUCAGAAGAAAUCAUGUUGGAUUUGGGUGUUCGUCAAGCAAUCAAAAAAUGUUCUAAAUUAUAA